UCCAGUGCGGGAAACUGCAGUUUGAAGAUUAACCCACUAAUAAUGCCACAAAAUGAAGAGAAACUGUAUCCCUGGAUGGAUCAAAAUCCAGUUGAAUCAUUCCACAAAGAAAACUAUGACAAUUUUGUGGAACUUCAAGUAACAGAACAUGCUGAUAAACCAGAGCUCAGCAUCCUUGGUGUUCCCCGAGUGGGAGAGCAAAUCACAGUGUCCUGCAGUGCAUAUCAUACCUGUCCACCUAGUCCUCCAACACUGAGCAUGGGUGAAGCUCUCCAUACUGACACCACUGCACAUGUUCCAGGGCAGGAUGGAGUCUGGGUGAUCACCAAACAACACACCUUUGUAAUUAAAGAAGAUGAGCAAACUGUUACAUGUAAAGCUACAUUUCCAGGUGGGCAGACAUCAGAAGCGUCGAUCAACCUCAAUGCUCAAUGUAUCCACAAAGAUAUAAUGAUUGAGCCAGAGCUGGCUGAUGUCACAGAGGGAGUCGCAAAAAACUUUACCUGUGAAGUUUUCCAUUCUUGUAAAAAACAAACUCCAGAUAUCACCUGGAACUAUGAAAACAUGCCCGAGACUGUGAAGACUAAACAAAACCGAGGAUCUGGCUGGGUCACCAAAUCAAAUGUAUCAUUUUUAGCAUCAAUGGAGGAUCAUGGAAAGAAGCUCACCUGCACUGCAAAAUUUCCUCAUGGAGAAAUCACAGCUUCUGUGGUUUUAUAUGUUCAAAAGUUUGUUCCCAAAAUAGUGGAUCCAUUUGAGAAUGACAGUAGGUUUUUCUUUUCUUUCUCUGCAUAA